UAGAGAGAGAGAGAAGUGAAGGACAUGGGUUAGGGCGAAAAGAGAGUUUUGGGUUUCUGGGUUUUGCUUUUUCUUGUUUCUCUCUUUCCAUGGAAACACUGGUAAUAUUGAAUAUAUGGCAGGUUCUUUCGCUAUCCUCAGCAAAAUCCUGUGAAGAACAUUCGUCAUCGUCGUCAUCAUCAACAAUAAGAUCAAAAUCCUGUACCGAGUUUUGAAAAGCUGGAAGAGGAAUAUUACAAGACUUUGAGUCUGGAUCCUCUAAGCGACGAUCGUCACCAUUGUUACCAUCUCAACCAUUACCUUCAUCAGAGCCAAGUUCUGAAUUUCAGGCAUGUAGAGGGGGAAGAAGAAGCGGGUGGGGAAGACGAAGAGGAUCAGGAUUCAUCAAUAUCUCCAUCCGGCAAAGACCCAGCUCUGCAUUUCCAGCUUCAGUAUCUGCAACAAAACCACUCUUUCGCAGACUUAGAUACAGAGCUUAAAUCUCUUCAUCCUCCCAAGAAGCGGUCUUAUCUCCUUCCUCCUUCGCCUCCGUCUUCCGCUUUUACCGUUGAAUAUGCAGCAAAGAUGGGAGAGAGUGCCAAUCGUCACCAGCGACCGCCGGCAACGACGUCGUCCAGAUUGGCUGUGAGGGGUGGAGGGGGAGAGAUCGUGGAGGUUCAAGGCGGCCACAUUGUUCGCUCCACCGGACGCAAAGACCGGCACAGUAAGGUGUGUACCGCUAAGGGACCCAGAGAUCGGCGAGUUCGUCUCUCCGCUCAUACCGCCAUUCAAUUCUACGACGUCCAAGAUCGCCUUGGCUACGACCGCCCCAGCAAAGCCGUCGAUUGGCUCAUUAAGAAUGCCAAAGCCGCCAUAGAUGAGCUUGCCAAGCUUCCUGCGUGGAACCCCCACACAACAAAUCAAAAUGCUCAGCAGGAGAAGGAUCGACACCAGAAUCAGCAGGUGAACGAGGACGAGAACCUCAUUGGAGUUGACCGUUCCGCGGUCGAUGCUAUGGAUUCUUUUGGCCGGAGAACAGGUUCGGCCGCAGAUAAUGGCGGGAGGAUUAUGGAGCAAUUCGAUGAAAACCCUGACCGUGGCGGGUUGGAUUUUCUACCGCCGACAUUUGACACUGACAUUGCUGACUCUAUGAAGUCUUUCUUCCCCAGUGGGGAGUCAGCGCCGGAGACGGAUUCUUCGUCGAUUCAGUUUCAGAAUUACUCACCAGAUUUGCAUUCGCUAACUAGUAGCGCCUGCCAGAACCAAGAUCUACGGCUCUCGCUCCAGUCGUUGCAGGACCCGAUUCUGCUUCACCAGGCUCAAGCUCAGACCCACCACCACCACCAGGGUGAGCAAUUGUUCUCUGCGACGACCCCAGUGGGGUUCGAUGGGGCUUCAUUCCCAGUGGAGCAUGAUCGAUUGAGUAGAAUGGUAGCUUGGAAUGGUGGUGCUACUGAUACUGGUAAUAGUGGCCAUGGCGGAGACGGAGGACUUAUCUUCAACCCGCAGUCGCCGAUGCAGACUCCGCUGCAGCCACUGUUCAGUCGGAGCCAGUAUCUUUCUCAGAGGGGUCCCCUUCAGUCCAGUAACACUCCUUUGAUUCGUGCUUGGAUAGACUCGUCAACCGCCUCCACGCCUGACCACAGCCACUAUCUACCACCGACAAUUCAUCAUCAAUCUUCUAUCUCCGGCGGCAUCGGAUUUGAUUCUGAUAUCUUCUCCGGUUUUCACAUUCCAGCACGAAUCCAGGGUGAAGAGGAGUACGACGGCGUUUCUGACAAGCCGUCCUCUGCUUCCUCUGAUUCUCGCUGUUGA